AUGGCCAAAAAGGCUGAUAAACAAAAGCCUUUGUUAAUGAAGGAUCGGGACAUGUUUUACACAUUUCUGGUAAAGUAUGGGGCUCGACCCUCUGUACCCGGAGAAGAUUGGGCUCGAGAUAAUGGGGCAAACUUGCAGAAUGUAGUGGACCGAGUGACCUCUUUACAGACUGAAGCUAAAGUUAGAUCAGGUAAGGGCAAAUCUAUAGUCUGUGCCAUUUUAGGAGCUAGCCUGGUUGCAGCAAUCGAAGAUCGCCUUAGAAAACACAGCAAUGAAACCAGAAUUAUAGAAUCCCUUGAAAAUUUGGUGAAAGUUCUGCAAAAAACAAAUUAUGACUUAGAACAACAAUUAGAGAAAGAAAGGGAAGAAAACCGCUUGUUAAAAACCACUCUGAAGGCAGAAUGCUCUAAAGACACUGAAGCCCUGAGUGUAAUAGAGCUGGAAGCAGAGGGAAAGGGUAUUCAACAAAUAAACCCAAUAUACCCUCAGAAGUUGUUGAAGGAGGUGAGAAAAUGUUUUGUGGAAAACCCUCAAGUGAGACCCUUAAUUAAAACAGGUUUUAUAGCAUAUACUAUCACUGAGCUAGCCAAACUGAAAAGAGAGUAUGGACGCCUUCCUAAAGAAUCCGAAACAGAGUACGUGUGGCGCGUAUCCCUAACUGGAGGGGACCAAAUUCAAUUAAGUGAAAAGGAAGCUGGUGGCUAUUGGGGUCAUGGAGUUUUCUUGACAACAGGAAAUAAACAUGCCCCAUGGUCCCUAACCCAGCGAGCUGCUUAUUGGGCUGGAGGACUGAACCCUUUGGACAGAGGGGAUCCCCUGGAAAUCACCAGCCCAGCUGAUCAGUUGCUAGAAAGUGUACACAAAGCAGCCUGCUUACAAUUGAUACAUGAAAGAAAAUUAAUUCCCGGAUGUGAAUCCCCAAUGAUGCUGCCAGUGAAUCCCGAAAUCAUGACCCACUUGAUAAGGGGACUUCCAGAGUCACUCAGACCUAUGGGGGUUAGCCUUCGAAGGACUAUCGCAUUGAUGUGCCCUGUAGAAAGGCUGGAAAGUUUUAUUAGAAGCCAGAGAAAUGAAACACCAGAUUCAGUUUCUUCCCACCAAAUGACCUCAGCAUCAAGUAAUAAAAGGAUAUGGACCUGGGGGCAAGUAGCACAAGAAUUGAUAGAUUAUAGUAGAAAAUAUGGUCCUGUAAAAAUCCCAGAGGAAAAGUCGAGGGGAAUCCGCCAAAUAGAAGCUGAGGAUUUGCCCCUCCCCACUGGUAAAACUGUAGCUGCCGCUGAUGUCCUGAGAAAGGAGCAUCCACACCAUAAAACAGGAAAGGGAGGACAGUUCAUGACUCGACAACAGUGGUGGCUUUUGGGAAUUAAAAAGGGAGUCCCCAGGGAUAUAAUGGAUGGCUUACCCUUUGAUAAAUUGAGUAAGCCUGUACCCACUGGAAUGAAUCUCACCUUGGUAAAACAACUGUUACAGCAUCAAGACUUGAUCAAGAUUCUGGAAAAGGUUAGAGAAAAUGAACAGAAAACCCUGAUAACUGUCCAUCACAAUGUGGAAGAAAUACACCGUGUCUUGAGAAGAGAGAUCUCCCUCACCAAGGAUCACGACGAUCAGAAGGACCGGCGGGACGCUGCCUGGACCUGGGACCACAGGGACGCCUUGGACCCGUGGUGGUAG